GAGAUAUCAACAACGAUAUAAGUUAAAGGAAUUAAAUGAAAUUGGGAAAAGAUAAGUUCAAAGUCGACGCGUGAAAAACCAUUAUCAGACGGAGAAAUUUAGUUUUGUCGUCAUUUGGUGAUAGUAAUGACGAACAAUAACCCCUCAUUACAGUUCACGUGUUUAAUGUGAAAGGUACCAGCGAUCGAUAUGCUAGCAAACUAGCUCGUGGUAUUAACUAUGUCAGCGGUUGUGAACGUCGAGCCCGCCAAUGAAAAGGGACGGAUCGAUUCAACUGAACAGCUGCUAAGGCAGAACGCCGCAGUCGCGUUUGCUGAGCCGACCGAGAUCACAAACAAUGCCAGGCACCGCAGCCUGCCCAACACACGCGAUCAAAAUGACGAUGAAAUGGAGAAUGGUGAUACUCGGAACUUUGACACCUCAUCUUUGAGUAGUUCUGGUCAUGGUAUUGAUGGGAAAGUUAACAAGGCGUAUACCUCACCGGACAUUGAGUUACAGAGCUACCCGUUUCCGGCACCCGCUGAAGAUCGUCCAAAUUCACCACCUGAGAAAUCGAACAGACACCACCACCACCAUCACCAUCAUCAUCACAACCAUAAACACCAACAAGAACAAAAUCAACAACAACAACAACAACAACAACAACAGCAACCACAACAACCACAACAACAACAGCAACAACAACAGAAUGUGUCCCAAAAUAACCACAACAACCAGUACAAAACGUCUGAACAGCAUAGUCAACAAGCUGACAACAACGGUACAGCGAGUAUGACUACAAACUCUCAGUCUCGCUCACACAUAGAUAGGCUGUACCAGCAUUCCUCAGACGAGGAGGGAAGGCCUCACAUUGAUGAUGGCAGAUCGGAAGAUGCUCGUCACGGAAAGGGAAAAGAGUCUACCAUCUUAUCCGAAAUUGGAGCGGACUACAUGCGAGUUAACGGAGCCAUUGGCCAAUUUAAACAAUUGCAAAAACCCACAUCAAUGCAAUCCCUCCCGACUUCCUCGAAAAUGAGCUAUACGUCUGAAGAUGCAGGGGCUGCUCUCGUCGGGGUGAACAGCGAGCUAGGGAAAUAUGGUAUGGAACAAAAACAACAGCCGGAGACCAAAAACAGUAAACCUAAUCCAGUUGGAUACAGGCUGGGGAAAAGGAAAACAUUGUACGAAAGGAGGAGAAAAAUCUCGGACUAUUGUCUUGUGUUUGGGAUGGGUGGUAUAGUUUUGAUGAUCGUGGAGACGGAACUAACCAUGGCCAAUGUCUACCUUAAGGAUCACGUAUGUUCCUUCGUGCUUAAGUCUCUCAUCAGUCUUUCAACACUUAUCCUGGUGUGUCUGAUCCUAGCAUACCAUGCCCUGGAGAUCCAGCUUUUUGCAAUUGAUAACUGUGUUGAAGACUGGCGAAUAGCGAUUUCCUGGAAAAGACUUUCCCAACUGUUGACGGAGAUUCUAGUAUGCGUGGUGCACCCUAUUCCAGGCAACUUUCACUUCACUUGGUAUACCAUGAAGUACGACGGAUCAGAACUUUUAAAAAAUGUUGUUCCUGUGGAUAUACUUUUAUCGCUACCGAUGUUUCUAAGACUAUAUCUCAUCGCACGGGUAAUGCUUUUACAUAGUAGGUUAUUUACAGAUGCUUCCUCCAGGAGUAUAGGUGCUUUAAACCGAAUCAGUUUUGACACACGUUUUGUGCUGAAGACGCUGAUGACAAUAUGUCCGGGAACAGUCAUGCUUGUGUUUAUGCUUUCGUUGUGGAUUAUAGGCAGCUGGAUCCUCCGGUCCUGCGAAUACUACCAUGAUGAGAAUCAUCAAAAUAUCCUCAACUCCAUGUGGCUGAUUUCCAUCACCUUUCUGUCCGUGGGCUAUGGGGAUAUUGUACCAAACACAUAUUGUGGCCGGGCCAUAGCUAUUGCAACAGGGGUAAUGGGAGCGGGUUGUACAGCCUUAGUGGUUGCUGUUAUGGCCAGGAAACUAGAGCUGAGCAGGGCAGAAAAACAUGUACACAAUUUUAUGAUGGACACACAGCUCACUAAAAGGAUGAAAAAUGCUGCAGCCAAUGUCUUAAGAGAGACUUGGCUCAUCUAUAAAUACACCAAACUUGUUAAGAAGGUGGACGGAAGCAAGGUGCGUGCUCACCAGAGGAAGUUUCUUCAGGCCAUCCACUCGCUCCGAAAAAUCAAGAUGGGCCAGAGGAAAUUACUAGAAAACCAGAAUACACUUGUGGACAUGGCAAAGACACAGACACAAAUCUCCGACACAGUCAUGGAAAUCAACAGUAACCAGACAUCGCUAGAGCGAAGAGUGAACAAAAUUGAGGAAAAGCUUGCAGGGCUUCAGGGCACCCUUGACCAGCUUCCAGGCUUAAUUGCUGAGAAAGUGAUCAUGCGACGAUCAGAGCACCAGUCGAGGCGAGACCACGGAGAUCAACGGAAUUUAGGAGGAGGAAGUUUAGGGAAUGGAACGGAUCCUUCCAUGGACUUUCGGCGAUCAGAGUUCAAUCAACUACGGAGAAUUUCUCCACCUCGUCGGAAGAAACAAGGAACUCAGUCUGUUACUGGAGGGUCAAGUCAACUGUAGCAGAUUUGUAACAAAACUAAUUCCUUAUGUUAUUGAAUCAACAGUGCUGAUCACAGGUUCCUAGGGUUGGUGUGGAAUUUGGGAGAUUUCAUCCCAGGAUUGUACAGGAUGGACAACUUUAUGUGGCAAUUGGUUUGACUAGUGUGAAAGCAGAUUCAAGAAAUGGAAUUAUUAAUUUUCUGCUUUUACCAAUCCAGGUGAACUGCUUUAGGUGAAGUUUGCUGUGAUACGUUUAGUGUGGCCAGGGUGGUUUCCUAUUUGUGAAUGAAGCAUUUUAAUGAUCCAGAUCCAUUAUAGAUGGGAACACGUUGCCUUGGUGUUAUUUAUCUGUUUAUAUAGCCACAGUAUUAAGAAAGAUAUUGUUACAUAACUAUCAUUGUUACAACUGUGUAACACACUGGUGCAGAAAACAAGUCGUAAUCUUAUCAAGUCUGGACCAGUCAGAGAACCAAGAAUGUAGAAAAUGUAGGGAUGUACAGACAUUGAAACAAUGAUACAUUGAAAAAUAUUUAUCAUGGUAGUUACUGUCAUUUUAUUAAUUGAAUAAAUAUAGCUAGGUAGUUUAAAUCUCAAUAAAGAGGAAUGAUCAAAUGAUUGGAUGAUACCUAAAGACAGUACAGAAAUUCAGUUCACGUUCGAGUAGAGGCAAAAUACUGCGCUCAUUUGAGUGAACACAAAAUCGUCAUUUUAUUACAACAUUAAAAUUUACAUUAAGACUGGUGAUCCAAUUUCGAAACAUUCCCUUGAUAAUAUAAAGAAGAGGUGUGGAUGUGUAAAAAAAUAUUUGCAAUAUUUUACGUCAUGUAUACAGGAACUGCAGUAUUGGAGAUGUGAUUGAUAUUAAUCUGUUACAGGGCAGUUUUAAGGUAUGGGAAUGAGGCUUGUCGAUUCUUAGCAAAGCGUUCAACAUUUUAUUCUGGUGUUUCUCGCCGUAUGUAUUAUGGUCAUUACAUUUACAGCCAACCAAAGAGAUGUAAUGGAGGAAAUUGUUUGCCAAAACCUAUUUGGUAGUUGUAUUUUACAACUAUCUAUGAUUGUAACUACCAUGACUUUUAUCUCGUUGGAGAUUAUCAUGAUCAGGAUAACAUAUUUGUUUACUAAAUAACUGUGUGUGCCAUGUUGUAAUGGUACUUACAGUGGAAGCAGUACCCUGCACCUUAAACCUGAUCCGAGUCCAGAUGAUUUGUAAAUAUUAUGAAUUAAUGUGUUAAUUACGAGUGCAGACUUUGAUAAACUGAAAGCGUGUGGUGAUUAUGUGUAAAUAUAUAUAAUGCAUUCAUAUUAUUAUACACACAAUACGUGCCUCUUAAUGUAUAUAAUUGUAAAUAAUAUAAACAUCCGCCACAACAAAACGUUCUCAAAGAAUUUAAUGUGAUUGUUUUUUUUUCUACGACUGUGAUAUUAUUCCUUUAAUUGUUACCUACUCAUGCAAAACUGUUGGGAGAAAAUGGUAUCUGAUAGGAGUUUGCUGAACUUGAAUCUUCUGAUUAAUUUAUUAUAAAGCUUUUAUUAUAUUAUUUGCGUAAUUAUACUGGUCUACAACUCUCCCACCAAUUAGUAGAAUCUGUCUCAAAUUAGUUUUCUUAAAUUAAGUAUUCUUAGAGGUUUUUUUUUAAUGAAAUAAGGUUUCAGCAUUAUUGAAAAGUUUUUAAUACUGAGUGAUCAGAUUUUAUUAUCUCCCACUUUUUUGUAUAAUCGGUUGGAAUUUUGAUGAUUAAAUUAUUCAACUGAUUUUUCCAUGGUAACAUUGAACGAUGCGGCUGGAUUGCGGAACCUUCAGGGCCACUGUAACCAGCAUCUAUUUUUAUAUCAUAUGUUGUAUAUAGAUUGAUGUUUUGUGACUCCUAACAAUCUAGCUGAGUUCCGUCGCUGAAAUUGACUCAAUUUAUAAAUUUCUCAGAUAUUAUCAGCAUAUAAGCAUUUUAACCAUUUAUAAGGAGAAAUUGUUGAAUUUUGAACUAAAUCUUAUCUAUGAGUUAGGUAGAUAACUUGUUGUUGAAUCUUGUUAUAUUUUGUUGGGUCGAGGUUUGGUGUAAGAAGUCCUCAAAAUACCACAUACGGUUUUCAAUAUGUAGCUCAUACUGACUAAUCUUUCAAAUUGGCAAAGUCUAAAACUGUUGGCCCUAUUUGACAAAACAGUUAAUGAAUAGCUGAACGUGAGUCGGUAUGAAUAAUUUACAUUUGUAUUGGGCUUAAUGUUUGAUAAAUACCAUUUAUUUGAAAAGAAAUCAAUCUAAGAGGUUUGUAAUCAUAUUUCAAAAUCAUACAAAAUGAUAUUAACCAAUUACUUAAGUACAUAAAACAAUAAACGACAACUUGAACAAUUAACGACAACUUGAACUUUUACAUGGAGACUCUAUUGUGCCUAGUCUUUUUUCUUCAAAACACACGUUGUUAGGAAAGCUUCAUUCACAAAAAAAACACAUUUUAUUUAUUAUCAUGCAAGUACAUAGACAACUAAGUGACGAGUCAUUUACUAAUUUUACAAUUUCUUUUUGUUUCUGUUGAAGAAACUAUGUCCCAUGAUAGCAUUAUAGUAACAAUGGUGUGCGCAUCCUAUCACAUGUGUGUAUAUUUAAAUCAGGCAAAAUGAAUAUUCAUACAUAUAAUUAGGUAUCAUGAAUAUUGAUAAGUUUUAGGUAUCAUGAAUAUUGAUAAGUUUUAGGUAUCAUGAAUAUUGAUACGUUAUGGUAUAUUUUUAUUUGUUUGUUUGGGUUAAAUUGACUGUGUAUGGAUUUGCCUACAUGAUUGUGUUUUUAUUUCUGUACCAUUUACAGUUGCUGCUUGAGUAUGAAGUUUCCUCAAAUGAUUUGCUGUGCGUCAACAUUUUUUAUACAUAUUUUUUUUCAGUGUAUGUAUACCUAAAUAUCGUUUUGGUUGACUCAAUAUUACUCAAACACAUUCCUACCAGUUGUUUACCCGCGUUGUACUCCAGGAAAUAAAAAAAGACUUCUUUGUUAUUACAAUGUAUAGUUUUACCCUGUGUAUUAUACAUGUUUACGUUGUAAACAGAUUUGUUUACCUGUAAACAGACAGUUAUAGAUUGAUUGUUAAUGAUAUAUGUACGUCUAGUGGAUUUUUGCAUUGACUGACCCAGUGUGUACGCGUUCCUUUUUCAAGAAAGAUGCUAACUGAAAAAUGUUCACAUCCAUGUAAAUCAUGUUUAAUUUAUCCAAUCUUCCAACGAGGCUAUACCUUCCACAUUACACCAGACACUUGAUAACGUUCUCCACCAAGGGCGUUCUACCCACAAAAAUGUCAAAAUAGCCAGGAACCACUCUAAAAACACAAAAAUAUUGGAACUUUCAAUCACCUUCUAGUUUUGAUGGCUGUUUUAACAAAGGAAUUGAUCAAAGUAGCUUGCUGAGAUUUAAUGUGGAAAUUAAGUUUAGAUUUGACAUGAAUUUCAUGUACAAUGAAGCUUCAAUAGAAACCAGAUAAAACCCUGUAGUCCUGAACAUGUCUAACACUCUGAUUACAUGUUACCGUAGCACUGAAGUACAGGAUUAUUAUUAUUAUUCUGCCUUUCAGUGGACAAGCUUAUGGACUAUUUAACAAUUCCACUUUCUACCUAAUGUCUAAGUAAGAAUUCAUUUUUUUCAUGGUUCAAUUUAAAAUAAUUACAAGUUAUGCUUCUUUUUCAUAUGAAGUAAUUCAUUCAGGUUGUUCAGUAAUCAAGCAUAUUAGUUAGUAAUUUUUAAGAGUCGUAUAUGUUUGUGGCUACCCCUAAUGAAAUGAAAUAGCAGUUUGUGGCUCCCCCUAGUGGCAUGAAAUAGCAACCUUGAUACUGAUCUUGACAAAAAUAUGCAAUUUCAAAAGUGUCUAUGAUGAAUGUCAUCGUUUCACUGGCCUAAUUAUUCAAGGAAUACACAAAAACUCGCCUAAUGUUAUUUGGCUAUAUUUGUAUACACAUUUUCAAAUGAAACUUUCAUUAUAUUAUUUCAUUUUCUAUAUUUUUUUUUUAUUUUCUUUGUUCUUUUUUUUUUUUUUUUUUUUUUAAUUUUUGAAGGUUGCAGUUAUGAAAAAGCAGAUUUAAUCAUAAGAUUUUGAUUAUCAUUUUUCUUUUCUUUAAAGUCACCUGUAGUCACAAGUGAACCUUUUUUUCCGUCAUUGUGUGUUGUCUAUUUUUAGCUUUUGUCCGUUUACAAUUCAGUUCCAAAGCUCCAAAACCAGUUUUAUCAAAAGUUUGCAAGAACCUUCCAUAGCCAAAGAUAAGCUAAAUUUGUGGAUCCUACCACCCUGUGAGAGUCUUCUUCAAAUUGAUACAUAUGUUAGAAUCAGUUACCAUUCAAUUAAAGGUUUUUAAUUCUCUGUGGGAGAGAGUAAAGUUGACUGGUUGUUAUUGAUAAACAUGUUUUGGGUAUGAUUAGUAUAUUAUGUCGGGCAUCUUGAGAUGUGAUUAGGUUGUUUGUCUGUCCGACAGUCCUUUUUUUUCCCACGAUAUCUUCAAUUCUGUUUGUCAUCAAAAAUGUAAUCUUUUUUUUUUUAGAGAUAAUGAUAUCAAGUUUGUGUUAAAACAGGUGGACAUAUCGUACACAACACAGUGAGCCUUAUAGUGGUUGAACUAUGGUAAUGUCCCUCUAGGUUAAGCAACACCAAAUUUAUUCUGUGGUUCCUGACGUUUUGCAAAGUUUCUUUUAUUUUGACAUUUUCAGUUAAUUUUGUCAGAUGAUAUGAUUGCAGUAACUAUAUGAAAAAUCUUAACAGUAUGAAGGUAAUAUUUUUGAAUCAUUAAAAAAAAAUUACCAGUAAGAUAAAAUCAUUACCAGUAAGAUAAACCAUUACCUGCAUUACAGGAAAUAUAAAAUCAUUACCAGUAAGAUAAACUAUUACCAGUAAGAUAAACUUUUACCAGAAAUAUAAAAUCAUUACCAGUAAGAUAAACUUUUACCAGAAAUAUAAAAUCAUUACCAGUAAGAUAAACUAUUACCAGUAAUAUAAAAUCAUUACCAGUAAGAUAAACUUUUACCAGUAAGAUAAUCUAUUACCAAUAAGAUGAAAUAAUUACCAGUAAGAUAAAUCAUUACCAGUAAGAUAAAAUCACAUUUUAAAUAGGCAAACCUAAUGAUUUGGAUUAAAGAUUGUAAAAGUAUUCACAAAAAAAAAUAUUUUUUUUAGAAAGAACUCCAAAUUAUAUCAAAGAAUAAGGGCUUCAAUAUUGCUGAACUUUGACCUUUGAUGAAUGGAAAGGUCAUGAUGCAGCAGUCCAAUUUGCCAAAAGGGCUGCUUAUAUUAGUCCAUGAAAUUGUGGUCAAAUUAUUAUGUAGAUCUCAAAGGCAUGUUUGAAAACUCAGGAAUGCUACAGCCAUGGGAAAGAAAAGACUAAGGUCAUUUUGUUAGUCAAUGGGCUAUCCACUCUCUCAAGUCAAUGGGCCACCCACUCUCUCAAGUCAAUGGUCCAUCCACUCUCUCAAGUCAAUGGGCCAUCUACUCUCUCAAGUCAAUGGGCUAUCCACUCUCUCAAGUCAAUGGGCCACCCACUCUCUCAAGUCAAUGGGCUAUCCACUCUCUCAAGUCAAUGGGCCAUCUACUCUCUCAAGUCAAUGGUCCAUCCACUCUCUCAAGUCAAUGGACCAUCCUCUUCACAACUCAAUGGUCCAUCCACUCCCUCAACUCAAUGGGCUAUUCACUCCCUCUAGUCAAUGGGCCAUUUACUCCUGCAUCAGUUGGCUAUCCACUCCCUCAACUCAGUGGGCCAUCCACUCCCUCAAGUCAGUGGGCCAUCCACUCCCUCAACUCAAUGGGCCAUUUACUCCUGCAUCAGUUGGCUAUCCACUCCCUCAAGUCAGUGGGCCAUCCACUCCCUCAAGUCAGUGGGCCAUCCACUCCCUCAAGUCAGUGGGCCAUCCACUCCCUCAACUCAGUGGGCCAUCCACUCCCUCAACUCAGUGGGCUAUCCACUCCCUUAACUCAAUGGGCCAUCCACUCCCUCAAGUUUAAUGGGCCAUCCACUCUUUCAACUCAAUGGGCCAUCCACUCCCUCAACUCAAUGGGCCAUCCACUCUUUCAACUCAAUGGGCCAUCCACUCCCUCAACUCAAUGAGCCAUCCACUCUUUCAACUCAAUGGGCCAUCCACUCUUUUAGCUCUAUGCCCCUCUAACCCUGCUUCUGCCUCUAUAUAUUAUUACAUUGACCACACAAAAAUUCGAAAAAGUAGCAUUUAUGUGCAAGUUGUAUAAAUCAUGUACCUGUCAAAAUGCUUUCUCAUGUUUAUAGUAACCGUGUGACCUUUGUUACUUGGUCCUGUCAGUUCCUGUCCUUCCCAAAUCAAGGCCAUAUCUUGUGAACCCCUCAACAGAUUUGGUACAUAGUUCUACACCUGGUCACAUACUGGUGGUCAUUGGUCAAAGGUCACCAUUGACCGCUUUCACAUUGUGGCAGAGUGGUAGGGACAUGCAUUCCAAUUUGUUGCUAUGGUUACAUUAACAGAUGUUUACUUAGGUUCAGACAACAUUUUGAUUUCUGAUUGGUCGGAUAUUCGCAAAUGGCAGAUAAGUCCCAAAAUUGUAGUUGGGAGUAUAGACCUACUGUAUGUGUAAAUUUCAACUUCAACAACUUUAACUUUAACACGGUGGAGGCCUAUGAUUGGUUGAAAUGCUAAGAGUUAGAACCAGCGGAGGAUAUUAGUCAUACAUGGAAUAACAGUUCUAUUUGGGAUCGAACUUCUGAGAUACUAUAUAACCAUGAUAAUUACGAGCUUGAGAACUCGGGCGAAUACUAUGAUUGACUGAGAGAUACAAUUCUAUGUAAUCUGGUAGAGCUAAGAUAAUUAAGGGUGACCCAAGGCCCUGAGAUCUUCAAGAAUAUUUUAUCAGAUGAACGACCUAGUUUACAAACGCUGAUCUGAAAGCUGUCCAACAUGUUUCCUUGCAGCAUGUGAAAUCUAGAAGUCUUCAAGAACAUUCAUAUACAAACACAUCUAAGGCCUGAUGCUGAUUAUUUGGAUAAUACUUUUUGACACUCUGAAGAUGCCUUUGAUGAAAAUAGCUUUAUAAUGUCACACUGAUAACUAAAAUGCCCCUAAUUACACCUCUACAUAAAGAACCUGAUUCCUGUUAUCUUGUCUAUACACACGUACAUGAUAUAAAUCUAUAGUGAGGAUCAUCAUUGUAUAUGAAACUCUGAGGAUAACACACAAAAAAUAUUCCAUUCAUACAUAC